CAGGGUAGAGGGAGUGUGCGGAAGACAGGGAGAGGGAGAGCGUGAGCGAAGGGAACGGGAACUGUAAGCCAGUCACAGUAUCUCCUUCCCACUGCACCAGCGGUGAUGGACAGCUCCUCUCCUCGCCGCUCUUCAAAAGGUUCCUAUUUAUUUUCAGUAGCUUUAGCUUUGUCUUCUGUACUUCACUCCAGGAAAUUGUAUUUUUGUCUGUUCAGGUAUUUAUUUGUCGUAAGCUCAGUUCGACUGGGGAAAUGAGAGGAGAGAGAGACAGAGGACAGCACUGAAACUGGGACUGUCUCUGUACUGGUGGAGUGGUUUCUCUUUUUUUUGUGCCUGGGUAUUUGCUACGAGGUGCAGACGUAUUGGGUGGAAGAAAGAGUCGAAAGGCCAGAAAGCCACGCCUCCCCUAAACAAAAAGCUAAUUUGAAUGGACAUGUAUAAGUAAUAUUAUCAAUAGUGGAAACGAGGGGAGGCUGAUGUAAAGCGCUUUCACCCGUAGCUAUUUGGGGAAUGUCACUGGCAAAACAGAACCAAAAACAAGUUGAAGGGAUAAAGAAGUGGAAUGCAGAUCCCACACCCAUCUCAGAGUGUGUCCUGAAGAGGAUUUCUAAGACGACACAGUCAGAGGAGCUGAGACACUCAGAUGGCCUCUACCGGCUCUAGUACCCAUUGAUUGGGAUUGUGUGUAAGACUGUUGGCAACUCCAAAAUUCUUUGCCUCAAUCUUCUUUACAACCAGCUUUUGCCUCUCACAACCUUGAGGACGAAAGUUUCAUAAAAGUGUGUGGAUUGGGGAUUUCAGAGAUCAAAGCUUGAUUUGUGGAUCCAGCGUGCGCGCGCGCUCGUGCACACGCAACAGAAUACGGAUUUUGCUGCGCAUCGUUUAGCCUCUCUCUGACUGGAGAGCAUUGUAAACAUAAUUCCCCCAGUGCUCUGUGGAACGAGAGCUGUGACAUUAACACCCGCUGAGAGCCCAGUGUUUUUCUAGCGUGUCUGUGUUUUGAUUCGGACAAUAGCUGAGCAUACAUGGGGUCAAGACUCGCUACUCCAAAAUAAGAGGAUGCAUACAACAGGACUGAAAACGAACUGCUGCACUCCAGACUUUAGAAGGGACUUUAUUGGAGGUAAAAACCAAACACAAUGGCUAAUGUGGAUGUAAAUACUCCUAUGACUUGUGGAUUUUCUCAUCUGCUCUUUUUCUGACGCUGAACAAGCUAUUUGAAAGCCUGAAUGACAUUCUUGUUCUAACAGUAAAUGUUUUUACACUUUUUUCUCUUAUCGAUAGUCUCAAGAUAGGAGUCACAUGCUCCUUGUCUUAUUUAAUCAGCAGUAGGAUCUGCACCGUGUCUGCCUGCAUGCUUCUUUCCCACAUGUCAACUACCCUGCACCUCCUGCGCUUUUUGCCCUUGUGAGGACAGCCCCUGCCCUCAUCCCCUAGCCGCCCAGAGGCAGGAGAUGUGGCCAGGGACUGUCAGGGACCGCAGUGGGGAUCCCUGCCGCCGGGAUAGAUGCUUGGUGUAACAUUGGCCAACCUUUUUCUGUUUGUGGAGGCAAUAUAUAUUUUUCUUUCUUCAACAAUAACCCCACUGACUCUAAGCAUGACUGAUCAGAAAAGGAGAGCCAAGCUGGUACUCUUGUUUUCCUGUGGGCUGUAUUGAUUUUCGUCAGUCAGUGUUCAUUUGAUUGAGACCCAACUAUGUGAGAGCAAAAGUGAAAGAGAGGGAGGAUAAAGCUCUGUUUGCUGUGGGAGGCUACAGACAGACAGCAGGGGCGGACUGGUCUCCAGUUACAGACCAUCUGCAUCACAGGUGGCACAGCACAAACCUGACCCACCAGGACCGCGCCCACAACAAUGAAUCAGUCAGCGCUGACAACAGACCUGGUACCCACUGCCAACAGCAGCCUUGUGGGCCCGGAUCCCAACCACUCUUGCCCCCUUGGCUGGGGCCAGAACGAGGGCCUGGAGGCCUGCGUCUUGGAGACUGCCGUCAUCGUGCUACUGACAGUGCUCAUCAUCGCUGGAAACCUGACGGUGAUCUUCGUGUUCCACUGCGCCCCACUGCUGCACCACUACACUACCAGCUAUUUCAUCCAGACCAUGGCCUAUGCUGACCUGCUGGUGGGCCUCAGCUGCCUGGUGCCCACCCUGUCCCUGCUGCACUACCCGGCCGGCGUCCAGGAGCCCAUCACCUGCCAGGUCUUCAGCUACGUCAUCUCGGUACUCAAGAGUGUCUCCAUGGCCUGCUUGGCCUGCAUCAGCGUGGACCGUUACCUGGCGAUCACCAAACCCCUGUCCUACAACCAGCUGGUGACGCCGUGCCGUCUCCGUGGCUGCAUCGCUCUCAUAUGGGUCUACUCCUGCCUGAUGUUCCUGCCCUCCUUCUUUGGCUGGGGCAAGCCAGGCUACCACGGAGACAUCUUUGAGUGGUGCGCCCACUCCUGGCCCACCUCUGCGCUCUUCACAGGCUUUGUGGUGUGCCUGCUAUACGCUCCCGCUGCUCUGGUUGUCUGCUUCACCUACUUUCACAUCUUCCGCAUCUGCCAGCAGCACAACCGGGAGAUCAGUGAGAGGCGGGCACGCUUCCCCAGCCAGGAGAUGGAGGCCGGGGAGGGUGGUGGCAGUGGUAGCGGCGGGGGGCACCACACGGGUCACGGGCCUGACCGGCGCUACGCCAUGGUCCUCUUCCGCAUCACCAGCGUCUUCUACAUACUCUGGCUGCCCUACAUCAUCUAUUUCCUUUUGGAGAGCUCACACGUGCUGGACAGCCCCGCCCUGUCCUUUGUAACCACCUGGCUGGCCAUCAGCAACAGCUUCUGCAACUGCGUCAUCUACAGCCUGUCCAACAGUGUGUUCCGCCUGGGCAUGCGCCGCCUCUCGCAGACACUCUGCUCCUUCAGCCACUGUGCAGCCGACGACAGGGACUUUGGAGAACCCAAACCCAGGAAGAGGCCAAAGUCCUGCUCCAUCUGAGGAGUUACAGGCUAUUGUUAAAGAAGCCACACAUUUGGUUACACAAGGUUACAUCUUUACAAAGCUGCUGACUAUUCAAUUGACAGGGCUGUCCCAAAGAAAAAUACUUUAGGCUCUGACGGUUUGUUUGAAGAAUACCAAUGACUUUGCUGUAUUCAUGCCAAGUCAUGAUUUAUGGGCAAAAAUGUGAUUGCUGAGAGAAGCUAGAUUUUUGUAAAAGUUUAGUUUCUGAACUAAGUGGAUGAGAGAUUGGCACUACAUUUUGACUUUAGACCUGCGAAGUGGGGUAUAGCUGGUAAAUCAAAGUUUAUUGGUCGCUUACACAGUUUAGCAGGUGUUAUAGCAGGUGCAGUUAAAUGCAUGUUACUAGCUCCUAACAGUGCAGUAAAAUAUCAAACAAGUACAAACAAAACCAAAAAAACAAAUGUCAGAACAAAUCAAAUUAACUCCAAUAUCAGUAAUCCAUAUGCUGUACAUGUACUGUAUGUACAGCCUUAUGUACAACAUCAUUCCACCAUGGUUACCAUGGUUACCUCAGGCUUUGACGUUUACAUUUGUUUGUUUCUCGUCAGUCAGGUUAAGUAAAGGACAAAGUUAGGACAAAACACUUUCCUCAAACAUUGAUGGUGACCUCAUGAUUUUACUGUCUCUGAUUUCACAGUUUUGUGGACUAAAAUGCAUUGAAUUUGAAUGCCAAUAUUGGACUGCUACUAUAGGCCUGUGUUCUUAGUAGGCACACGAAGGCUGAAUUAGUACAGACAUCAACACGUAAUCCUCAUUUGCAUACACUCCCUUUAGGAGUUCACAUGUGCGUGCAAAUGGCUGACUAUUCACUUACUGUAUAUACAUGCUCCUUGGCAAUGGUGGCACCCACCACACUGAUGUACAUAACAACAGAUUGACCUGUCAUGACAAAGUUUUGCAGAGUUUGCAGAAGGUUUGUUAGCAAACACAACAUUGUUCAAUGUGUGUUAAAAGACUUUCGGGCAGCCCUAAACAGAGAGACGUGGGAGUCAAUUUCACGAGUUAAGCAAACUACAAAAAAAAUCACAAAGCUGGUUUAGUUUUAUUAGAUAUUUAUAUAUUUUGCCGUGGAACUUUUUAGUAAAAAAAAAACCAACUUUGUCAAUGCCUCAGAUCCAGUAGCUGUUUAGAUGAGUGAUUGGUCAUGUCCACUAGUGAACACUACCCUCUAUCUUUGGCUGCACGUCUCCACUUCAGCAUCAGCUUCAACAGUAUGACUCUGUCCCCUUACCUUUUCCAUGCUAUGUGCAAAGCCUGUUCCUUUUUAGGUGCAUUAAAUGCAUCAUGACGACUGGUCUUGUUGUGUAUUUUACUGUUUGAUACAGCACAGGUGUAGUCAUUCCAAGCUUUUCUCCUACAUUCUCAGAAUUCUGCAUUUUAUUUUAACAGAUCAUGUUGAAAUAUCCAUACAGGGGCACAUUUUCAGUAAUACCCAAACAAUUGUGAGAUGAGAUUCUUAUGGUUGUAGGCCAUGUGUAGGUAGACCUGUGUG